CAAAAGGACGAGCCGGCCAUGGAGUUUGUAUGCACGUUCGCCAGUAGUCGCGUGGCGGCGACUUCGCAAUUGCAGGUCCGGGUAGUUCAACUUUCUCGGGCGGCAUGGCGAGUAAAGCAACAAGUCAGCCAAAGCAGAUCAUUCAGAACAACAGCUUUCCGCCAUCGUGAAGCCAAAGGUGGGGCUCCAGCGAAGAUCCGAGGCCAGUCGAAGCUUUACGCAUCCGCAGAUGAGGCAGUAGCAGAUAUUCAAUCCGGAUCAAUCGUCCUCAGUUCUGGAUUCGGACUAUGUGGCACAGCAGAGACUCUCAUCGCAGCAAUGGCACGGCGAGGUGUCGAUAGCUUGCACUCACUGACAGCCGUAUCGAACAACGCCGGGACUGCCAUUGGAGGAGGCCUAUCACCACUCAUUCAGUCCGGACAAGUCAGCCGUGCAAUUUGCAGCUUUCUCGGCAACAACAAGGCAUUGGAGAAGAAGUACCUCACAGGAGAAAUCGCCAUCGAACUCACACCGCAAGGAACGCUCGCCGAGAAACUACGAUGUGGCGGUGCCGGUAUUCCAGCAUUCUUCACACCCACUGGAGUCAACACAUACAUUCAAUCCGGCCAGAUCCCUGCAAGACUAAAGGAUGGCGAGGUCAUCGAAUCUGGAAAGGCCCGCGAGACUCGCAUCUUUGACGGCCGCGUCUACAACAUGGAAACUGCUAUCAAAGGCGAUGUCGCUGUUCUGCGUGCACAUAAGGUCGACAAAGCUGGAAACGUCAAGUUCAGAUACACCACAAAGUCCUUCGCACCCCUCAUGGCCAAAGCUGCAAAGGUCUCCAUCGUUGAGGCCGAGCACAUCGUGGAGAUCGGCGACAUCGCUCCAGAUGAGAUCGAUCUGCCUGGUGUAUUCAUCGAUCGCAUUGUUCAAGCCACCGAAGAUAAGAUUCUGGAAGUCAAGAAGCUCCGCUCGGAGAACGAUAUCGAGGCCGAAGGUUCCAAGUCUGACGCUCUUGCCCGCCGGAACCGCAUUGCGAAACGUGCAGCGAAGGAAUUGAAGCCUGGCUACUACGUCAAUCUCGGAGUUGGAAUGCCAACUCUCGCGCCCUCUUUCCUGCCACCGGAUAACCAAGUCUGGAUUCAGUCCGAGAACGGUAUCCUCGGUAUGGGCCCGUACCCGACCGAGGAGGAGCUCGACGCCGACAUUAUCAACGCCGGAAAAGAGACUGUGACGCUGGUCAAGGGCGCCAGUGUGUUCGACAGCAGCGAGUCCUUUGGUAUGAUCAGAGGCGGGCACAUUGAUGUCAGUAUGCUGGGAGCUCUUCAGGUUGGCGCGAACGGUGACCUGGCCAACUACAUGAUUCCUGGCAAAGUCUUCAAGGGCAUGGGAGGUGCCAUGGAUCUGGUCUCAAAUCCGGACGCUACUAAGAUUGUUGUUUUGACCGAUCAUGUCGAUAAGUAUGGUGUGCCGAAGAUCGUGGAGCACUGCACAUUACCCUUGACUGGUGCGCGGGUGGUCAGCACUAUUAUCACGGAUCUGUGUGUCUUCGAAGUUGAUCGCAAGAGAGGUGGCCUGACUUUGACUGAGCUCGCGCCUGGCGUCGGCGUCGAUGAGAUCAAGCAGAAGACCGGUGCGAAGUUCGCUGUUGCAGAGCCUUUGGGCAAGAUGGAGUAA